UCGCUAUUGGCCGGAGUGAGCGCGACUUCCGGUGACGUCACGGCUAGAGAAGGAGCAACCCGUAUAGUGCGACGUGUCUCAGUUAGCGGCAGUCGGGAUACAGAGAAGACGUAGAGGGUCAGUCAUCAGCCGACAUCAUGGACCAGGUAAUGCAGUUUGUUGAGCCCAGCCGCCAGUUUGUGAAAGAUUCCAUCAGACUUGUCAAAAGAUGUACUAAGCCAGACAGAAAAGAAUUUCAGAAGAUUGCGAUGGCCACUGCGAUUGGUUUUGCAAUUAUGGGAUUUAUCGGCUUCUUUGUCAAGCUAAUCCAUAUUCCCAUCAACAACAUUAUUGUUGGCAGCUAGACCUCCCGGAUGAAAGAACAGCGGCAUGGAUUUCUAAAUAUUGGCAAAGUGUUUUUGGACAAGUACUUUUUUUGUUUUAUGUAUAUUUUUUAUUUGGCCUAGUUAUUGUAAUUAAACACACUAAAUUGCUAGUU